AUGGACAAGUUGCGUCUCCCAGAGUACAAACUGGAGGGAGAUCCCGUCGAGCAUCUGACAGGUUUCAACAUCGCGGUGGCGAGAGCCAGACUUGCUCCCGACGAAAGAGACGCGGGAUAUUGCCAACUUUUUGUCGAAACACUCAAUGAACAAGCCUUAACUUGGUUCUCGGGACUCGAAGAGAACUCGAUUAGAAGCUUCAAAGAGCUCUCCUCGGCGUUUCUCAAGACUUACAUCAUGUUCACCAAACGCGAAGCAACAGCUUCAACCCUCUGGAACCUCAAGCAAACGAAGGACCAGAGCCUUUGUGAUUACAUGGAACGGUUUAAGUCGGUCGUGUCAAGAAUCGACAUUCCAGAUCACAUCGCCGUCGACGCCCUGAGGAACAAUCUCCUCGUAGAAUGUAAGUUCCGAGAAGAUCUCUAUCGAUGUCCCACCACAUCGUUGGAAGAUGCCGUUGCUCGUUCCCACAACUUCAUUCGUAUGGAAGAGGACACUAAAGCCAUCAUGAGCAAGCACAACUCGGCGAAGCAAUCAGCGCCUAAAAACACUGCUACAGCUCACGUCGAACCUCGUCAGCAUGCUCCAAGUGACAAAAACAACCGUAAGAAUGGUCUCCUUUACGUCGUCGACGAGAACGGGAAGAAAUGGAACACCUUUCAUCGAGAAGCCGAUCCUCCGAGCGAAUCCCCCCGAGCAACAGUGACGGCCGCGGUCGCCCAAUGCAAAACACUUUUCGCACAAUUCCUCUCCUCGCUCGAAAGCGGCGAAAUCAAGAUCCCUCCUCCGAAGCCCAAAAGCGAGAACAGUUGGAGCAGGAACAAGGAUAGGAAAAAUCAGCGAAAAAAUCAAGGAAAACCGCGUCAAGACGACCAAAAGCCUAAGGUUGCCGAGCAAACACCACAUCAGGACGACGAUGGUGACGCCUCAGCUGAGGAAGAUCCACCAGCGGUCAGACAAAGGAUCGAAGUUAUUCGCGCCCAACCGGAGCCCUCAUCAGACGAAGAGAGCGAUCUCGAGGAAGCUUUCGACCCGUUGGACCUACGGACGCUCCUCAAGCGGAAGAUCACGUCGACAAAUAACGAGACUCCCGGACCUUCCGAUCUCCGACUCGAGCUUAACGCUAAAAGAACCAAGCAUGCGUUGAGCCAAGGAUUUUCACCAGCACCUACAGGCGAUAAUCCUAUCGUCGAUUUGCGAGAUCAGCUUAACGCACGAAUCAAUGAUCUGCGUACAAAGCUGGACCGUAAAAGAGCCGAAUCACCAAAGGAAAGCGAGGACCUCCGAGCUCUUCUCAUCAAAAAGCAAGCAAGCGUCAGGCCGCGGAUCAACGUGAUUAUGGGAGGAUCUCCGCCUUGCGGGGAUUCAGUACGGGCGGUCAAGGAUCACUGUCGAAUGGUGGAUACUUUGCAGCGUUGGCCACAGAAGCUUCCAACCGAUCCCCCAAUCUCCUUCUCGACAGAAGACCUCCACGGAGUAAAUUUCCCUCAUAACGAUCCCCUUCUCGUCGUUUUGGCUAUCAAUAAAUACGAUGUUACCAAAGUGCUAAUCGAUACUGACAGUUCGGUCGAUAUCAUUUUUCGCGAAACUCUCGUAAAAAUGGGAAUCGACUUAAAAGACGUGAAACCAUCUUCCAGAACUCUCACCGGUUUCAACGGUUCCUCCGAGGUAAUCCUGGGGACUAUCCAUCUCUCGGUACAAGCAGAGGGAGUAGCUCGGAUGGUCAAAUUCUCGGUAGUUAGCACCAAGGCUCCCUAUCACGUGAUACUAGGCACCCCAUGGUUAUACUCUAUGCGAGCAAUUGCAUCCACAUACCAUCAAUGUGUCAAAUUCCCGGGAAUGGAUGGUACGAUUAAGACAGUGAGAGGAGAUCAACGAGCUGCACGAGAUCUCUUAAUCGCCACGGUCAAGUUACAACGUUCGCAGUCACUAGUCAACUCGAUUUCCCCUCCAAUAAGUAAGGUCUGCCCACAAAAGGAAGAAGUGCUCGAAGUCUCGGUCGACGAGUCGGAUCCAAGUAAAGUGCUACGAGUAGGCGCCUAUCUAUCAGACGAGAUGCAGCGUACUAUCCUGGAUUUCCUGAAGAGUAAGGUCUGCCCACAAAAGGAAGAACUGCUCGAAGUCCCGGUCGACGAGUCGGAUCCAAGUAAAGUGCUACGAGUAGGCGCCUAUCUAUCAGACGAGAUGCAGCGUACUAUCCUGGAUUUCCUGAAGCAAAACUUGUCUACCUUUGCUUGGUCAAUGUCUGACAUGCAAGGGAUCGACCCGUCCAUCACGACUCACGAGUUGAACGUAGAUCCGAAUAUUAAGCCCAUCCGACAGAAGAGACGAAAGUUGGGUCCCGAAAGAUCCAAAGCAGUCGUCGAGGAAGUCGAACGCUUACUAAGCGCGGGCUCGAUAACGGAAGUCCGUUACCCGGAAUGGCUCGCCAACCCAGUGGUCGUCAAAAAGAAAAACGGCAAGUGGCGCAUGUACGUCGACUUUACCGACCUCAACAAGGCAUGUCCAAAGGAUAGCUAUCCGCUUCCGAACAUCGACAGACUCGUUGAGUCAACUGCCGGCAAUGAAAUGCUCACAUUUAUGGACACUUUCUCGGGAUACAACCAGAUUAUGAUGCAUCUGGAUGAUCGAGAGAAGACGUCGUUCAUAACCGAUCGAGGAACCUACUGCUACAAAGUGAUGCCUUUCGGGCUGAAGAAUGCCGGAGCGACGUACCAGCGACUUGUCAACCGUAUGUUCGCUAAACAGCUAGUUACAACAAUGGAAGUCUACAUCGAUGAUAUGCUCGUCAAAUCAAUCCGAGCAGACGACAACCUAACGCACUUACGGGAGUGUUUUGACAUCCUAAACACGUACAAAAUGAAGUUAAACCCAGCCAAGUGCACUUUUGGCGUGUCGUCCGGAGAAUUCCUUGGCUACAUAGUGACACAGCGGGGAAUUGAAGCAAACCCGAAGCAAAUAUCAGCCGUCCUCGACCUACCCAGUCCGAGAAACUGCCGAGAAGUCCAACGACUAACCGGCCAAAUCGCAGCACUCAAUCGCUUUAUCUCCCGGUCCACCGACAAAUGUCUCCCCUUCUACGAUCUCCUCCGAGGAAAUAAGAAAUUCAUCUGGGACGAUAAGUGCGAAGAGGCUUUUAAUCAGCUCAAGCACAACCUGACGACGCCUCCGAUCUUGGCAAAGCCAGACAUAGGCGACGUUUUAUCUCUCUACAUUGCGGUUUCGUCUGCCGCAGUCAGCAGUGUACUAAUCAAGGAGGACCGAGGAGAACAACGACCCGUUUUCUACAUGAGUAGAAGGAUGACCGGACCAGAAACCCGGUACCCGACACUUGAGAAGAUGGCCUUGGCCGUCGUCGAAUCAGCGAGGAAACUUCGUCCCUAUUUUCAGUCACACUCGGUAGAAGUUCUUACCGACCAGCCGCUCCGAACUGUUUUGCAAAACACGAACAGAGCUGGUCGUCUUACCAAGUGGGCGAUUGAACUCAGAGAGCUCGACAUCACUUACAAAUGGAGAACAGCCGCUAAGGCUCAAGUCCUCGCCGAUUUCCUCGUGGAGUUAUCUCCGGAACUUGUCCAAGAUUUAGAAACCUCAGAUUCAACCUGGAUCCGUCAUGUCGACGGUUCCUCGACAAACAAAGGUUCAGGAGCAGGAGUUCAACUUCAAUCACCAACGGGAGAACUCAUUCGACAAUCGUUCAGCUUUGGUUUCCCAACAUCAAACAACGAGGCGGAAUACGAAUCGCUCAUCGCCGGCCUUCGUCUUGCGAAAGCAGUCAAAGCUAAGCGACUCAGUGCGUACUGUGAUUCACAGCUCGUUGCCAGUCAGUUCAGUGGUGACUAUGAUGCGCACAAUGAUAGAAUGGACGCUUACCUCCGAGUCGUACAAUCAUUAGCUAAAGAGUUCGAAUUCUUCGAACUCACGAAGGUUCCUCGUGGAGAGAAUAUAUGUGCCGAUGCACUGGCAGCACUCGGAAGCAAGCUCCGCGAUCAAGUCAAAAGGACUAUUCCGAUCCAUCGAAUCGAGAAACCGAGCAUCGACAUCUUAACGGAGGCAGCUAACUUCGUCUCUACGGAAUCCGAAACAACGCCCCUAUCUCCGACCAACGACGACUCCGAAAUGACAGACCAAGAUCGGUUGGUACCAGACUGGAGAACUGAGUUCAUCCAGAAUCUCAAUAACGGAACGCUUCCAACUGACAAGUGGGCCGCGAGACGACUAAAGAGACGCAGCGCGCACUACGUCAUCAUGGAAGAAGAACUCCACCGGAUAACAGCUAGCAAGGUCCUCCUCAAGUGCAUCUUUGGCGAGCAAACGCAGUUAGUGAUGGCCGAGACUCAUGAAGGAGCAGGUGGCAACCAUUCCGGAGGCCGAGCACUAGCCUUAAAAAUUCGAAACUUAGGAUUCUUCUGGCCAACCAUGAACACGGAUUGCGAAGCGUAUGCUCGAUGA